AGGCGACGCAUGAUGUUCUCUUGCCUAAAAAAAGCCUUACCCCGCCCGCCUCUUCUUGGUGCUUUACUUUCACCCUUGUCCCGCAUGUCUACUUAAAAGACUUGGCUAGGUAAAACAUCUCUAGCUUAGCUUAGCGAAGGAAAAGAAGAAAAGAGCAUCGAAAUCAACCACCCCAGGCCACCUCUGUCUCGCCUCUUCUUGAUUACCUGUUUUCCUGAACUUUGAAAGUUUACUUCUUUCCUGAUUGUGAGGACUCCUUUUUUCUCUGAUCUUCUUCCUCCAGCAAAUUAUUUAACAAAGAAGAGGAGGCGGCGCAGAGCCAAGCAUGGCCGAUUCUCCACCUAACACAGUCCACAACAAACUGAAAACCCCAGAUGAUAAUUCGUAGACUCUGGAACAGCUUUACAGUCUGUUGUAGAGCAAAGUCCUGAAGAACAUCAAAGUUCAAUGGCGGAAUCUUCAAGGGAGAAGCAUUCUACUUCGGUUUUUGUAAAUUCAGAACCAAUACGUGAGGAUCAAGUAGAGAAUGCAGUGAAGUUUCUUGCACAUCCAAAAGUUAAGGGAUCUCCAGUUAUGUAUAGGCGUUCUUUUCUUGAGAGAAAGGGCCUUACAAAGGAGGAAAUUGAUGAAGCUUUUCGACGGGUUCCUGAUCCUACCUCAACGGUUUCAAGUACAGAAGCCACUCUUGCAAAUCAAGAAGGGAAGUUGAAAACUUCAUCAAGUAUUCAACCACAGGCUCUGAUUCGAAGCACGCAGCAAGCUUCAGCAGAGGUUAGUAGCACGACAAAGGUGGGGUACCUUUCUAAAUUCCAUUGGAGUCAUGCUGUGCUUGCUGCUGGGUUACUGGCAGCCUCUGGAUCUCUCACUGCAAUUUUUUUUAAGAAAUCUAUAAUUCCUCGGUUGAAGUCUUGGAUUCGCAAGGUUGUAUUGGAAGAAGAAGCAACACAAGAGGAUGGUGUGAGGCGGAAUAAUUUGAAACCAAGUUUGGCAGAAGAAACUGCUAGAGCUGCAAAAGCAGCCGCGGCAGCAGCAGCUGAUGUGGCUCGUGCAAGCCAAGAAAUGAUGGCUUCAAAAUCAGAAGAGAAGAAGUACUUUAAGGAACUUACUGAGCUAUUGAAUUAUCAAGUGCGGGAGAUGAAAUCAAUGACCAGUGCAAUACAGAAGUUGGAAGGACCAAAUAAUGCAUCCGGAAGACCAGCAUUCUCAGAGCAAGAUCCUCGAAAAAAUUUGCAAUCUAAUUCACAGUGAUCUUUUCCAGCAAUUCUGUGCAAAUGGCAAAGUGGACACUGGUGCACACUCAGUAAGACCUUUAUCACCGCCUGCAUCUGUGGAACCUUCUGGCCCUCCACAUCCAAAAUCCUACAUGGAGAUAAUGGAAAUGGUUAAGAGAGGGGAGAGACCUUCAAACAUUAGAGACAUAAAUGACCAACCACCAAAUCCUUAUCAACCCGUGCCAGAACCUGCACUGGCACUGAAGCCUAAGCCUUGGGAAGCUGGUCAAAGUCAAACUCAGACCAGUUUGAUUCAGAGGGGGGAUGCCAAUUUCUUGACAUCUGGUUUCCAAGACAAUCAUCAAUUUAAUAAUGGAGGCAGUUCAACAACUCCUUGGUGGCAACACAAAAACACUAAGAUCACCGAAAUUGAACCCGAAUAUGAACAGAAGUAUGGUUCUUCAGGUUUGUUGACUAACAAUGAACGACCCGCCCCUCGCUCGUGGGUCCCUCCCCAACCACCCCCCGUUGCCAUGGCGGAAGCAGCAGCUGCCAUCCGGCAGCCUAAAAAAUCUUCACCUCAUAAAGAUGUAAUCAGCGAUGUUGAUCAGUUACAGGGGGGUGUCACUGAAGUUUCUGAUGAGUUGCAGAUGGCUACGCAGAUAGCUGAGUCAGGCGGCGGCAGCGUUGGGGAAGGCAAUGGAGGUUUCACUUCAGGUGACAGUGUGAAUCAGGCAACAUUAGUGAAUGAUGAUAUAGUGUUGACAGCCUUGGAAUGAAUUUCUAGAAUCAUUUAGUCACUUGUUUUGCUUUCUUGUGUUUCUUGUGGACCUAGCGCAUUCAUUUAAUUAUGAAUGUCUUGUAAGAGUAUAUUCUUCCUUUAACGUCUGCAUGAUAUGUUAUACAUAUAAUGCAAAAGUUCAGUACUUUUGAAGUUUAUUUUUUGCACCCCUGUAACUCCGGUACACUUGAGAUGUUUUCCGUUAUCAUUAGGAAGACAAAUUUCAGUUGAUCAGGCCUGUGUUACUUUGAUUUAUUUUAAUUUAUUGAGAAAAAUGGUUUUAUGAACGUUUAUUAUGU